AUGAUGGCCAGAGCUGCACUUCUUCCUGUUGCGUUGCUGCUGUGCCUUGCACUGGCCGGCAAUGUUAAUGCUACACGGAAGUCAACGGCCGGAUUCUAUGAACUCAAGAACAAGAAGGGCGAUUUCUCCAUCAAGGUCACCAACUGGGGCGCUGCCCUCGUGUCUGCCAUUGUCCCUGAUGGCAAAGGGAACUUGGCUGAUGUUGUCCUUGGGUAUGACACUGUUGCUGAAUAUGUUAAUGGCUCUGCUUCAUUCGGAGCGACGGUUGGGCGCGUAGCCAACAGAAUCGCCAACACCCGCUUUGUUCUUGACGGGAAAACCUAUCACCUCCUCCGUAACGACGGCAACAACACGAUUCACGGAGGCCCCAAGGGGUUCGGCAAGGUCAUUUGGACGGUGAAGGAGCAUGUGAGCCAUGGUGACUCCCCAUACAUCACCUUCUACUACCACAGCUUGGAUGGAGAGCAAGGAUUCCCAGGUGCUCUCGACGUGUACGUGAAGUACCAGCUCUCCCGCCCGUACGACCUGAGCAUCCGCAUGAACGUGACUGCGAGGAACAAGGCGACGCCGGUGAACCUCGCGAACCACGCGUACUGGAACCUGGCCGGUCACGGCAGCGGCGACAUCCUCAAGCACGAGCUCCAGAUGUUCGCCUCACACUACACGCCCGUCGACUCAUCCAUGAUACCGACGGGCCAGGUCGCGCCCGUGGCCGGCACGAUGUACGACUUCGGCAGGCGGAUCCCCGUGGGCACCAACAUGAAGAUCGUCCCGGGCGGCGGCGGCGGGUACGACAUGAACUACGCCGUGGACGGGCAGCACGGGCAGCAGAACGCGAUGCGGCCGGUGGCGCGCGUCCGGGACCCCAAGUCCGGGCGGGCGUUCGAGCUGUGGGCGAACCAGCCCGGGGUGCAGUUCUACACCGCCAGCUGGCUCAUCAACGAGAAGGGGAAGGCCGGGAAGGUGUACGGGCAGUACGGCGCGCUGUGCCUGGAGACGCAGGCGUACCCCGACGCCGUCAACCACCCCAACUUCCCGUCGUCCAUCGUGAGGCCCGGCCAGGUUUACAAGCACGACAUGGUCUUCAGGUUCUCCUACCAGGCUACCUACGACGCGUGA